AUAACCAUCUCCCACCCCUUCGCCCGAUUUCGUCCAACGGGCUACACUCUCCAUCAGCAUCCACAUCACAGCCUGAUUGCAAGCGUUUCUUUUCCGUGAGUCCACUGCCGGUUUUGUUUUCUGAGGAAACGAACUGAUGGUUUUACCAGGAACUGGACCAAUCCAAAUCCACAUAAGCAGCCUAACAUGGAUUCCGAAGAGUCUGAAGAAUCUUACUCCUCGAUAAACGAUAACCUCUGUGACGAGUGCUAUGAUGCUGUUAUUUUUCACGACGGCGGCGACGAAUUCUACGAGGGUACGAACCGUGAUGAUGAGCCUACCCUGCGACAUUCCGAGGAGGGAGGCGAUAUCAUCGAUCUGGAUUCUGUGCGCCGUUGGAAUGACACGCUACCCGACUUGCCCAUGAUGACCGAAUCCGCUGCUGCUGGGUGCCGCAUGUGUGGUUUCCUUCGGGAAGAGCUCCUACGACAGAAAAUAUGCCACAUUGGCGAGACCUAUAUCGAGGCGGGAUAUCUCUUUGGUGGACAGGGAUAUGAGUUUGAGAUCAUCGACACAGAUCCUGGCUUGGCCUUUUGGAGAUGCGAGGUCUACGGGGUUAAAAAAACGACCUAUAAUCCGGACGGGUUCAAGAGCAUUACAUCUCUUACUUUUGAUAUUGAGUCAUGCGACAAGGAUUUGCACCAAUGGCUGAGGGUGCACACGAAGCCCGCCCCCGGACCAUUGGAUCCAGCCAGUGUUGAAUGGGUCCAGUCACAGCUCCAGCGAUGCGACUAUCACUGUGACCAUGGAAAGCCAGAGUUGCCAUUCAUACCCACCAGACUGAUAUAUGUCGGUCAGAAUGAGGAUGACGCACCUCGACUUGUCAUCGUUGAAAACAUGCUCGACUCUGGUAUGAUCGAUGCCCUCGAGUAUGCAACACUAAGCUAUUGCUGGGGAUCCAAAGAAGACGCUCUCCAGCAGGUCACAACUACAAACGAAACGAUAUUGACCAACUGUCAAGGGAUACCGCUUGGCUCCUUAAGUCCUGUCGUACGGGACACCAUCAAGGUCUGCAGGGCGAUCGGUAUAUCAUACCUCUGGGUUGAUGCUUUGUGUAUCAUUCAAGGAGACAAUGUAGACUGGGACCGAGAGAGUCAGAUGAUGGGACAGAUCUACCAUUCUUGUUAUGUGACCAUCUGCCCUCUCUCCUCAAGAUCUUGUCUCGAAGGCUAUCUCGGAUCAAGGCCGCAGGGUUUUGAAGUUGAAUUUCAAUCAUCGCGCCACGAAAAUAUCAGAGGCACCUACAGACUUGUUCACUCUUCUACAGGCCUUGAUGAAUAUGAUGCACUAGAAAGACCAGCACUUCACAGGGACCUCGAACGAUCCUCUUGGAAUAACAGGGGCUGGACCUUCCAAGAGAGUCUACUUUCACCUCGCAUUAUCUAUUUCGGGUCACACAUGAGCCAUUUUGUCUGCGAAGACGUAGUAACAUCUGAAAACGGAGAUAUGGACCGCAAUUUCAUCCAUGGUCGACUGCAAAUCACGGUUCGGAGAGCUCUUGGAAAACCUCACAUGGAGCUGGAUUGCAUAGCGAAUAUCAACACAAAUGUUUACAGCUGCUGGGAAUCUGUGCACAAGGUCCAGAGAAGAGCCUGGACAUGUCACGAGGACAUCUUCCCGGGACUUGCCGGUAUCGCUCAGGCAUUCGCAACACUUACAAGCGACACAUAUCUGGCAGGCUUGUGGAAAAAUGAUCUACACCAUCAGCUGGUUUGGCACAUGCCACGACCACCAGCUGGUGAAUUGGCCUCAGUUGUGCAUGGCUUGCAGCACGCAGAUCCGUACAUAGCACCAUCAUGGAGCUGGGCUUCACGAACAGCGUACCAGGAGAGCUUGAUUAUAAGAGAAAUCAGUAUAGAUAAUAAUGAGGUGGUGAAAGGAAAUUUGGUACGCUCUAACAAGUCAAUACCUUGUCAAACCAGGUUCGACCUUGCGUUGAUAGACUACCGCAUGGAUCUCCGAGACAAAAAUUGCUUUGGAGCGCUUACUGGAGGCUUUCUUCGAUUAAAGGGUAGGAUAUGCCCGUUUCCUUCAGACGUCAGAAAGGGGCUGAAACCCCACGGUGACAGUCGCCGAUUGUACGGUCAGUUUUCAGGCGGCAUCGGAGCUUGCAUGCUUGAUUGGAACGUCAACGAAACCUUGGUACAAGCGCCAGAGAGUAUGCGAUUAUUAUUGGUAUCGAGCUGCUGCUCGGCAACAGUGAGCUGGAAAAACCUAAAGUUCAGGGCGAAUUGUGACGAUGAAGACUUUGACGACUGGAUGCCAAGCGAAGCAGAGGUUGGCGGCACGUCGUUUCCUAACGGCUACGAGGACAUCGAUGUGUGCCGAUACUGCGCGGAUCCAAUGCACAAGCGUACUGGAUAUGGCCUUGUGAUCCAUCCUGCGGAGGAGCCUGGAUCGUAUGUGAGGGUUGGAGUCUUUGUGAUGUUUGCACAUAAAGGGGGCAUGUAUCUCUUCAAGGAUGAGGCGGAGGAGAUAAAACUCAUUUAGCUUGAUAUCUUCCUCCGUACCUAUUCUUUGGAACAUGCUGUCAAGACAUCUUCUAGGCUAGGAAAUUUUUCUUGGAUACGAAGAUGUCACAGAUUCCCCAGGCAAGAGUCUGGCUUCGUUGCGAGAAGCUUGUUGAUUGACCUUCCCAUUUUCUCGGAGGACAUCAAUAAGGCGA